AACUAGCACUAGCUAGAUAGGACCAAUAACCCUAUAGACUGAAUAGUGAGUGAGCCAGGAGGAUCGAAACCCCAAAAUGUAUGUACCCUCAUCUCAUAGACCAAGGCCAUAUAUAUAAACUCUCUCCAAUCUGUCAUUUGUGUAGUCUGUUUCCUUCCCAGUGCUGUGAUAAGCACAUCAUAAAUGAGGUCACCUUGUUUUUGACAUCUUGUUUACCUUAGUAUUUCCUUUGUAUCAUUCCCAACAACAACAACAAUUCAAACCAAGCCAAGAAGAAGAAUACAAAAACAAAAAAAAAUCCCUAAAAAAAGAUGGAGUUUCGAGCUGGAAGAAGAAGCAGAGACAAUAAUAACAUGCUUAGUACUAGUAGUCCUGAAAGGAUUAAGAUAUGCACAAAUCAGCAACAGCAGAAUCAGCAGCAAACAACAAAAAGGUCGAUGAUGAUGAGGCCGGUGCCAAGUUUCAAAAGGGUUCAAGUGGUUUAUUACCUUUCCAGAAAUGGGCAAUUAGAACAUCCACAUUACAUCGAAGUAACUCAUCUUGCAUCUCAACAACUUCGACUUAAAGAUGUGAUUGAUCGGUUAAAUGUACUAAGAGGUAAAGGCAUGCCUUCUCUGUAUUCUUGGUCUUGCAAAAAGAGCUACAAGAAUGGUUAUGUGUGGAAUGAUCUGUCUGAAAAUGACAUCAUUUAUCCAUCAGAAGGAGCAGAAUACAUUCUCAAAGGAUCCGAAGUAAUUGUUGAUGGUUCAACAUCAGGUUCGUCAUUUUUCUUGUUGGAAUCUCUGUUUUUCUUUUUUAUUUGCUGAUUUUUUAUUUGUCAAACUUGAAUUGAAUAAAAAAUCAGGGAAAUUUCAACAGCUUCCAUCCAUGGAGAACUUCAGUUUCCAUCCAAAACAGAGGCCUGUAAGUAAUCAUUCCUAUGAAGAAGAACAUGAUGACAAUGAAACAGAGGAAUUGGGAGUUGUUGAUGAUGAAGAGUAUGAAGAGAAAAUAAGGUACAGUGACCCUGCUUCCACAACAACAAGAAGAUGCUCUAAAGGAGUUUCAACUGAUGAAAUUCAUCACCAACAAGAAAAACAAAAAAAUCCCAGAAGCCAUACAACUGAAAUUAAUUUGGAGAAUUCAUCUUCACCACCAUCAACCACGUCUUCCAGUCUCUCAGAUAAAGGGGGGAAUGAAAACAACAGCUCAAAGAGAUUCGAAGACGGUGACCCGUUAAUUUCCCGGAAUUCAAUGCUGUUUCAGAUCCUUGCAUGUGGCGGUGGCGGUGUUGGGGGUUCAUUGUCUUUUAGAGGGAAGCAUUUCUCGGCCGGGAAGCAGCAACACCAACAACCGCCGCCGCCUUCGCCACCACCGAAGGCGGCAGGGGUGGUGAUGGUGGCUAGAAGGAGGAGGAGCAGCUGUAGUGAUCUUCAUAAAGAGGUAUUCUGCAAAAGCCUGAUGAAUAAUAAUAAUAAUAAUAACAGUAAGAAGAUGAAUGUGGAAGAAGAUGAUGAUGAGAUCAAGUGCAUGUCGGAAAAUCCGAGGUUUGGGAACUUGCAGAGUGAAGAGAAAGAGUAUUUCAGUGGGAGCAUUGUUGAUUCGAUAUCUAAUGAAGAAAGACUCCACGUUGUGCCCUCUGGUUUGAAGAAAUCAUCCUCUUAUAAUGAAGAAAGGGGCUCGAAACUAGCUGUAGGGGAUGCAGGAGUAGGUGCUGAUCAGGAAGACGUGAAAAAGGCAAAAAGUUGUUCUCAUUCCAAGAGCAAAUGCAUCCCCAAGAUAAUGUCUCCUUACUCAAAACAACCCUCCAAGAAAUGACCCAUCUCUGAAAGGCUACAAUUAAAUGGUCUUAUUGGCCAUCUCAAUCAGGGAAGAUAUUUGAGAUAUUGGAUGAUGAUCGAUCCACCUGUAGCUUUUAGAUAGUGUAUAUGAUCGAAAUCAUUAAAGAGUUUGAUGGAACCAUGUCGUUAUUGAAGCUCACUUUUUCCUCCGUCUCCAGUUUACUGGAAAUUGGCAGUUUCUUCUUCGAAAUGUGUAAAAUUUGCCAUCUUUAUUUGGUGUUUGAAGCAAUUUAACAAUGAACAGAGACUAGGUUGGUCCGAUAAACUGCUUAUGAAUAGCGGUGAUCAGUUCAAUAUCUAUCCUCAUUAUACAUGUAACGUACUUUCCCAG